AUGUCUGUAGAAGAUGAUUUCAGGACUCUUCGCUACUUCCAUUAUAUGCCCAACCUGCCACUUGCAAUUGUAGCACUGGUAGUUUAUGCCUUUUUUUCAGUUUUCUUAUUCAUUCGAAUCAGUCGAUCCAAAAGCCGUCAAUUUUUGUAUGUAUUACCUUGGACAGCCUUAUUCGAAGCGCUUGGCUAUCUCUUGCGAAUCCUAUGUCGCGUACAAGGCAGCACUUUGCCCAACUAUGUCGUAAUGAUGAUGUGCUUAUUGCUGAGCCCUAAUGCUUUGGCUAUGGUCAAUUACAAAGCAGUCGGUGAAAUAAUCAGGCUAUCCAACGUUCCUACAGAUCGCUUCUACUUCCAACCAAAAUUUGUAACAUGGUUCUUCUUUUCAAGCGACAUAUUCUCAUUUUUAUUACAAGGAUCUGGUGGCGGUCUCCAAGCAAGCGGUGAUAUGAAAAAAGCUGAUAUAGGAAAAAUGAUUGCACUCGUAGGCUUGGCAAUACAAUUGUUCUUUUUUGCUUGCUUUGCCUUGAUCACUAUUUAUGUUCAUCGAAGCUCGAAAUAUCAAUACACUGUCAUUGAGGAAACCAACGCGAAAAAUAAGAUGAUUUAUUGUCUCUAUAUCACAAUUGCAUUUCUGUAUAUUCGUUCUGUUUACCGCGUGGUUGAAUUUGGCUCUGGUUGGGAUGGAGCAAUUGCAAGUGCAGAGUGGGCAUUCUAUGUGUUUGAUACGUUGGCUAUAGCAAUUUCAUUCAUUUGCUAUUGUACCUUGUUCAUGGGCAACUACCUUCCAAAGCGCGAUGCAAUUCCUCUGCCUAUUGAUAUUCGGAGCCAGAGUUCGAGUAUCUGUGCAAAUCAAUUAGAAAAAGGGUUACAACAAUAUGUUUAG